CGAGCUGUCAUGGCGUAUUGUGGUGUACGUUUCUGUGCACAGUAAAAUAUAAAUAAUGAUUCUUAGACGGAAAAUACGUGAAAUGUGCUUUAAAAAUUAUUGUGGCUAUUCCAAAGUAUCAUGAUUAAUGUGUAUUAGUGUAAAUAAACGUGACAAUGGACAAGAAAAAUGCUAUUCGGAGGGCAAAGAGGCCUUCGAAGGCGUUAGAAGAAAAUUAUUGGGAUUGUAGUGUUUGCACAUAUAGAAAUAACGCGGAAGCAUUUAAAUGCUCAAUGUGCGACGUUAGAAAAGGCACGUCGACACGCAAGCCGCGCAUCAACCCCGCGCUGGUGGCGGCGCAGGCGGCAGGCAGCUCCCAGAAGCGGCCUCGCUCCACUUCCCUCAAGAAGAAGCGCCGACAUCCGCCACGACUCAGCAACGUCGACAGAAGCUCUGCGCAAACUAGAGAAGUAACUGUAAGCGGGGUGACAGUAGUGAUAACGGAAUAUAAACCGAAGAAAUCAGUCUCCAGUAGCUCCAGCGAUGUGGAGUCUUCUAACGACACGAGGACUUGAUCUUCACCAAUAUAUCAACAAUUGGAUAAAGGUUAAAGUUUUCUUAGCGACCGGAAACAAUAUUCGAUCCUUCGGAUUGAUCAGUUUUUUUAACAUAAUAAGAAA